AGGAUGAUGGCAUUACAAAGCCUGCCUACUUUGGUGUAGAGUGGAAGAAUUUAACAAAUGAGGACAAUCAUGUGCCAUUACUGAUGGAGAAGAUCUUGAGCUAUAUUGAAGAGAGGGGUCUCCAAACUGAAGGCAUAUACAGGAAGUGUGGGGAAACUGCUACAAUGAAAAUACUGCAGCAGUGCAUUGAAGAAGAUCGCCCUAAGGAAGAACAACUCACUGCUCUUUACAAGGCUACAGCAAAACUUCCACCUGAAAAUUACAAGACUUUACAACGUCUGAUUUCUCAUUUAGUGAAAGUGGCCUUGUUAGAAGACUCUAACAAAAUGUCCCCUAAUGCGUUAGCAGUGAUUUUUACACCAUGCAUUCUACAUGCAGAGUCUGAUGAGCCUCUUACAAGUAUGGAUGACAUCUUCAAAGCCAUAAUCAACUCAUGAUGGCUGUGAUGAAGGAAAGGAUGGCACACCUGACUGUAAUAGUAAGACUAAAGCAAUGGAAGAGAUGCCUUCUGAUGAAUAAUAAACCAAACACCAGAUUAUAGGAAAUUUAAUAUGGCAGUCAUUGACAAACUUCUCACAAUAUGAUCUCAAUAAAAGUUUGACAGGUCAUA